AAAGAAAUCAACAUCAACUGCUAGUGGAUCAUCUUCUCCUUCCACAAUAAAUAAACCAAAAAAAUCAUCAUCAUCAUCAACAACAGCAGCAGCAUCACUACCAACAACAACGACAAGCAGAAAUGCAGUACUUCCUCAAACUGCUCGUCGGAUUCUUCAAAAUUUCCUUUUGGUAUGGCUCGAUGCCAAUUUGCAAGAGUCAGAUAAGGAUUUUAAAAAUUCGUUGCAUCAUCUUCGAAAAAUUGUGGCAUCUAUCACAACGUUUACGGAUGCCCAACAAUGUGUUAAUUACCUAAGUGAAAUCAAAAGAGAAAAGGUAUUUAUGAUUGUAUCAGGUUCCUUGGGUCGUGAAAUAGUACCAGAAAUCGAAACAUUGCCACAACUGGAAGCAAUUUAUGUGUUUUGUGGCAACCAAUCGGUUCAUGAACAAUGGGCUAAAAAAAUAAGCAAGGUUAAGGGUGUAUACACAAAAAUAGAACCAAUUUGUCAAGCACUUGAAAUCGAUCGACAACGAUGUGAUCAAGCUAUGAUCCCGAUCAGCUUUAAUGGUCGUGAUGCAUUAUUUAUGUAUACACAACUUUUAAAAGAAGCCCUUUUGGAAAUUGAAGAUGACGAUGUCAAAUCGAUUAAAGAUCUCGUAGAAUACUGUCGUCUGCAAAAUGAUGUUGAUGAAGAUGAAAUAAAAAAAGUGCAGCGAGAAUACCGAAACCAGACACCAAUUUGGUGGUAUACGGCUCCUUAUUUCAUGUACUCAAUGCUCAAUCGUGGGCUCCGAGAAAUGGAUGUCGAUAUUAUCCUGAAGAUGGGCUUUUUCAUCCGACAUCUACAUCAGCAUAUUACCGAACUACAUCACGAACAAAAAGGCAGCAUGCCAACAAAUUUUCAAGUCUUUCGUGGACAAGGUUUGUCCAUGGAAGAUUUUGAAAAAAUGAAAAAAACCAAAGGAGGGCUUAUGUCCUUUAAUAAUUUCCUGUCAACAAGUCGCAGUCGUGAGAUAUCUUUCAACAAUUUUGCACGACCAGCUACAAGCAAUCCUAAUUCAGUCGGCAUCCUCUUUAUUAUGAACAUUGAUACGGCUAUUUGUACAAAAUCAUCGACACCAUUUGCUGAAGUAAGCAAAGUUGGCUACUACAAAGACAAAGAGGAAGAAAUACUCUUUUCAACACAUGCGAUUUUUCGUAUCGAUCGCAUUGAACGAAUUCACGAUAAUCACUGUGAUCGGCUAUACGAAGUUAAUCUCACUAUUGUGGGUAAUGACAAUCAUGAA